CACGGUGUAGGCUCAUAUGCGUCUCAACAACAUGUCUGUGUCACGUUGUUCUUACAAUGCAAGCCUAUGUUGGCCUUUUGUCGACAUGCUUGACACUUGUGCCUCAUACUCUGUGGAACGCGAAGACGACGCACGUCUAUGGAUUGAUCUCGACCAUAUCCCCAAGGCUCCAGUUCUACAAGAUUUGCAUACUGCAUAUUGGCAUCCAUUAUAUGGUAUACCAGACAGGAGCAAUUCCACCACCCCCUAAACCUUCACCGGUCUAUGUUAGUGAGACGACACUAGCCAUAUUGAGCUGCAUCUGCCGACCCAUUCGCAUAGGUGUCUUGGUACACCCUUUCAUAUCCAAUGCCAUCUCCCAUCCACAUGAUAGCGGGGUACAGUGCCGCGAGCCUGCCGUUCGGCGCGUCUUUGAUUCGCUGUCUCUUGGUCGAUAACAACACUACAUCGCUACCCCACUGCUGACACAGGAAGCGCUCUGCAACAUAUAGGAAACGAACAUGUGGAUGCGAGCACGCAAUGUUCAUCUCCACCAGCCUUGCCUUAUCGUACACCCCGCUCCGGGG